AUGGAACGAUCGCGAGGCAGCAUGGCAGCGGUGGAGCGACGCAAGACGCUGACGGAGCGGCCUAUGGAUGUGCUGUACCUGUCGUACUUUGGCAUCCACCUGCUGGCGUCGUUGGCGAUCGAUGCGCAGUUGACCUAUCCGCCGUACUCGCAGAGCGUGUUUCCGGCGCCGCUGCGAAAAGUGGUGCAGGACUACCUGACGACGUCCAAGGAUCCGUUCCUGCUGGCUGCAGCUGCCCAGUCGUCGGCGCACGUCUGGUUUCGUGUACUGCUGGCGAGCGAGACGGUGUUCCAGAUCCCGUGCUUCUUCGUCGCCAUCUGGGGCCUUCUGAACGAUGAGAAGCGAACAUAUCCCCUCAUGGUGUGCUACGGCACUCUGGCCGCCUCGUCGACUCUGCAGUGCAUCUUCAGCGUUCUCUAUGGAGACGACGGCGCCGGACUGACUUCGGCGCAGAUUCGCGCUUUGCUACAGAACUACAUUCCGUUCUGCCUGAUCCCGCUGCUACUGACGUUCGACAUGAUGCUGCGCAUUGUCGGACUUCUCAACACUCCACGUUCACGGCAAAGUCGAACGGGAGCGUUGAAGCUGGGCGUAGGCGAGGCUGAGGGAAGUCAGGGUCUCGAGCUCGAGCAGGUCGAGCUGGCUAGGCUCGAAAAAAAUGAGGUUUUGGCGCGGGCGCGACGGGAGAGCAACGGCAACGUCAUGCUCGAAAGCAAAAUCAUCCAAAUCCCACACUCUGUAACGCACGACAUCCCUGCUGCCUUCCCCAUCUUCACCACACCGACUUUGCUCACCACCACAUCCGCAAGACCCAGCCUCGUACUUGAUCCGACCAACUCGGUUUGGGCGCACAUCACAUCUGCUUCCAUAAUGAACGGAGCCACUGCGAACGGCAGCAGUCACGCAAACGGACUUGCCAACGGACACGCCAACGGGCAUGCGAACGGAUACGCCAACGGACACACAAACGGCCACGCAAAUGGCCUUGCCAACGGCGCUUCGGACUCGGACGACGAGCUGCCCGCUUUCGACGCAACAGAACACCCGCACCGCAGGUACAACCCAUUGACGCGCAGCUGGGUGCUCUGCUCGCCUCACCGCACCAAGCGUCCGUGGCAGGGCCAGGAGGAGAAGCCGCAGGGCACAUCGCUCCCCGCGUACGACGAAAAGUGCUACCUAUGCCCGGGCAACAAGCGCGCCACGGGCGCCACCAACGACGACUACACAUCCACCUUCUUCUUUGAGAACGACUAUGCCGCUCUCAUGCCGCAGGCGGUAGCCGAGGAGAAGAACCAGCACCCGCUGCUCCAGUCGCAGCCGGCGCGCGGCCGAUGCUAUGUCAUCUGCUUCAACCCGCAGCACAACCUCACGCUCGCACAGCUCAGCACAGCGCCCUUCUCGCCCGACGAGCACAUUGUGCCCAUCAUCCAGAGCUGGCAGAAGAUCUACAAGCAGAUCCCCGCCGAAAACCCUUUCGUCAAGUACAUCCAGAUCUUUGAGAACAAGGGCUCCGCCAUGGGCUGCUCAAAUCCGCAUCCGCACGGUCAGGUAUGGUCGCUCGACUACAUCCCGGAAGAACCGAGCAAGGAACUCGCAUCGCUGCGCGCCUGGUCGCAGGAUCCGGCCAACCAGGACCCCAAGGUGAACCUCGGCGCGUGCGACGACCACGGCAAGCCCUCGAUGCUGCUCACGCUCGCCAAGCUCGAGCUCACCACGCCCGGCCAGCCGCGUGUGAUCAUGGCCAACGACCACUUUGUGGCCAUCGUGCCGUACUGGGCGGUGUGGCCGUUUGAGGUGCUCGUGGUGCCGGCACAGAGGCAGAUCCGCAACGUGCUCCAGAUGACCGAGAUGGAGGUGGUGUCGCUGGCGCGCAUCAUCGCGCAGGUGACGUGCAAGCUCGACAAUGUCUUCAAGUGCUCCUUCCCCUACUCGAUGGGUGUGCACCAGCAGCCGACACAGCUGGCCACCAGCGAGGACGACGAGUUCGCCCAGUUCCACAUCCACUUCUACCCGCCGCUGCUGCGCUCCGCCUCGGUGCGCAAGUUCCUCGUCGGCUUCGAAAUGAUGGCCGAGCCCCAGCGCGAUCUCACCGCCGAACAGGCCGCCAAGCGCAUCCGCGACUGCGACGACGUACACUACCUCGCCACCCUCGAACAGUCCUAA